UUGAGCUGCGGGGCUGGGACAUUCCUGGUGAGAGGACCAGCUUCGCCGCUGCCAUGAUCUGCGGAGCAACUCGACACUGACUUCAAAGACGCGUGUGUGGAAGAGGCAGAGACGGAGCACACGUUUCAGUAACGGGUCCGGCAGACAGAGGGGGGAGCGCGCCGAGACCGGACUGUACUCAGACUGAAGGGGAAACUCUCCGCCACCGCCGCAACUCCACUUUCGACCAGGGGGGGACCGGUCGCACCUUGGCCCCGCCGCCUGCGCUGCUUUACGGGUCUGCAAACUUCCCCCUUCCUCCUCUCCGGCUGUUUUCAUGUUGCUCAAGCGGUCUCGGCCUUUGAGCCCGUUUCUAAUGGAGGGCCCCGUACGGAUUUGCCACCAGAAGAAUGCGUUUUGCUGCUAGUUCACCCGACGGCUCGCAGCUUUUGCCCUCCUGCAAGAGAGUGCUUUAUUCUCACAACCGCGCACGCACCAGCAGUGACCAAUGGUUCCUGAAUGGGGCUUCAUUGAUGAUUAAACCAGCAGGUUUGCUGAACGGACGUGGACGUACUUCCUGGGCAACACGGCCGCUGGCAGGGGUCAAAGUGCACCAUGGACAGUGGCCUAAGGGUCCUCCUGUCCACUGUGCUGUGUCUCAGCCAGUCCUUGCUCAUCGCCUGCUCAUCUCCACGUCCAUCGUUCCUCUCUGAGCCCGCCUCCUUGGUUCAGAGUCACGGCUCUGAGGCCCGUCUGCGGUGCUCCGUGAGUCCUCCAUCAGCGGUGGUCUCCUGGCGCUUCAGAGGCUUUCCCCUGGACCGGGGCACUCUGCCUGGCGUGGAGCUCGACGGCGGCGUCCUCACAAUCUCCUCCCUCACGCCCAGCCACGCCGGUGUUUACCAGUGCGUGGCACGCUUAGACCACGGGCCCGCCAUCGCCAGCCGCUACGCGCGUGUGGCCAUAGCAGAAAUAUCAAAAUACGAAGAUGGCCGACGGCGGUCUUUAUCAGUGCAGGAAGGGAGCGCUGUUGUUUUAGAGUGUCCUCUGCCUCGCAGCGUUCCUCCAGCCAUUCCCAGACUGAGGAUACAAGGCGACUGGGUGGAAGCUUCAACAGAUGACUAUUUAAUACUUCCGUCAGGCAACUUGCAGAUUGUCUCUGCCUCAGCCCGGCACCAGGGCAUGUAUAAAUGUGGUGCAGUGAACCCUGUCACUGGGGAGACCGUCAUACAGUCCCACGGCACUAAGCUGUCCAUCAAAUAUUGGGAUCCCUCCUCCUUCUCGGUACGGAUAGUUUAUCCCACAACCCCAAAGACCGUUUCCAUUGAGACGUCACAGCCGCUGACCUUGGAGUGUGUGGUGUCUGGUCAUCCUGCGGCUGCAGCUAAGUGGUUUAAGGAUGGCAGGGAGGUCACGCCGGGGCCUUCUCUCCGACGGCAGCGCAACAACCUGGUCUUAGUUCAGGCGCUGAGAAGUGACGAAGGGAGUUACACCUGCGCUGUCAAUGCGGAGCGGGGCACCGUGGUCAGCGCCGUCUAUACUGUGAAUGUUCUCGAGCCCGUUUCUGUCAUUGAGGGCCCGGGCGACCAGCUCACCUCUCCUGGCUCCUCCGCCCGUUUUACCUGUGCAGCCCGAGGAAAUCCCUCUCCAAACAUCACCUGGCUGUUCAACGCAGACCCCAUCACCCCUUCACGGCGCUUUCAGAUCUCUGGAUCCUCACUUGUUCUUUUAGAUGCGACACCACAGGAUGAAGGAGUUUAUCAGUGUUUGCUGGACAACGGCGUCAGCUCAGCACAGUCAUUUGGGAUGCUUAUAACACAGAGAGAUCCACAGCUGGGCUCCACCGCCGGUGCGCUGCCCCAGGCCUCUCCGUCACUCCACCCCAUACAGAGCGACGAAGGCCACGAGCGCUUCCUCACGGAAGAUGAAGGCGAUCCGACCAAUUUGCCGGCCGAGAGAAGCGGUGACCGUCCGACUCCGGAGGCGCCCAUCAUCAUCAGCCCGCCUCAGACUCACAAGCCCAACGUGUACGACCUGGAGUGGAAAGCGGGGCGCGAUGGAGGCAGUCCCAUCAACGCCUAUUUUGUUAAGUAUCGUAAGGUUGAUGAAAUGGGAACGGUGGUGGGAAACUGGCACACCGUUCGUGUCCCUGGCAGCGAGAAGACCCUGCGGCUGUCGGAGCUGGAGUCCUCGAGUCUCUACGAGGUGCUGAUGGUGGCUCGAAAUUCAGCCGGCGAGGGUCAGCCGGCCAUGCUCACCUUCCGCACGGGCAAGGAGAAGAGCACCUCCCCCAGCAAGAAUCCCCCCAAGCCUCCCGUCAUCUCGAUGCCACCCAAAGCUCCGGAGGACAAAACGACCAACACGCACUUCGGAGUCGUCAUACACGACCGAGUGCCAGAGGCUCCCGAUCGGCCCACCAUCUCCAUGGCCACUGAAAGCUCAGCGUAUGUCACCUGGAUCCCGAGAGCCAAUGGCGGCUCUCCAAUCACGGCUUUCCGCGUGGAGUACAGACGCGGCCGCAGCACGGAGUGGGUCAUCGCCGCAGAUAACAUCUCGCCUCUGAAGCUGUCCGUGGAGGUUCGGCAUCUGGAGCCCGGAUCCACCUACAAGUUUCGAGUGGUAGCCAUGAACAUGUACGGUGAGAGUCCCCACAGCAUUCCCUCGAAGCCGUACCAGGUGCCACAAACCAGCCCUCCUAUGACGGACCGUCCGGUGGUCGGGCCACAUAUUUCAUCCACGGAUGCCAUCAGCGACACGCAGAUCAUGCUGCGCUGGACUUACAGUCCCUCGAGUAACAACAACACUCCGAUCCAAGGCUUCUACAUUUACUACCGGCCCACAGACAGCGACAAUGACAGCGACUACAAAAGGGACGUGGUCGAAGGGGUGAAAAACUGGCACAUGAUUGGACACCUUCAGCCUGAGACGUCCUAUGAUAUCAAAAUGCAGUGCUUUAACGACGGGGGAGAGAGUGAAUACAGCAACGUCAUGAUCUGUGAGACCAGAGCACGCCAGUCUGCAGGAUCACCCAGCCAGCACCCCAUCACCCCAUCUGGCCCCCAUCCUCCGGAUCCCCCGAGCCCUCCCGGAGGGCUGCUCUACCUGAUAGUGGGCUGUGUUCUGGGAGUGAUGGUGCUCGUCCUGCUGGUCUUUAUUGCCAUGUGUCUGUGGAGGAAUCGUCAGCAGAACAACAUGCACAAGUUUGACGCUCCCGGCUGCCUGUACCAGUCAGCCGAGUUGAACGGCCACGUGCUCGAGUACACCACGCUGCCCGGCAGCGGCCGCGUUAAUGGGGGUAUCCACGGCGGCUACGGGCACAGCGGCCAAAUGUUACCCCAAGGGUGCCAUCACCUCCACCACAAACUCCCCAAUGGCUUGGCACUGCUCAACGGCUCUGGCGGCCUGUUCUCACCAGGUCACCCGCACGGCCACGGCGGCAACCUGCCGCACAGCACCCGGGACUGCGAGCACUCGCACCCUCACCACCAUCAUAACGGUGGGGGCAUGUACACGGCUCUGCCCCAAACCGAGUCGUCCGACUGUAUGAGCUGUCAGAAUCUCUGCAACAACAACAGAUGUUACAACAAGACCAACGGCACUUUCUCCGCGGGCACUCUCCCUCUAAUGCAUCGCGUGGCGCCGUGCCAGCAGGAGGGGCUGGAGAUGGUGCCCCUGGGCCAGGUCUCGUCUCAGUGCCGCGGCCACGACAGCCAGACGCGCCCUGCUGACCGGGAGGCCAACACGGGAUACCGACCGGAUGACGAGUCCUCGCCCUCGCAGCGUUCCUGCUGUCUGAACAAUGAAAGUUAUCUAGCUGACAACACGGCUGGGGAGGAGCCGGAGUGCGUGGACACGGAGGGGCCUGCGGUGCGCUGGGAGAGUCUCGGCUUGCCAGACUUGGACUGUGACGAAAAGGCUGGGUGGAUCUCCAGCAGCAGCCUGGCGGGAGAGCUUAUCCAGCCUGGCCCACAGGAGGCCUGAGCACAGCCCACACACAAGCACGCUCUCCCACAGUUUGGAAGUUUAGAGAAAACGGAGAGCUGUGGAAGGAGGAGGACCGGAGAGCGGCGGGAUAGUCAGAGACACUGCGUGUGAUGGUGACACGGACACUAAAGUGUUGAUGGACCGGCCUGAGAGGAGCUGUGGGGGGAACGGAGGGACUACAGGAGGCUGAGAGCAGCAACAGAAACUCUGACCAACUGCAGGGGGGAGUCAUAAAAAAUCAGAAACUCUUUAGAAGACUUAUUUAUUUUUUUGUAGUAGUAAAAUAAUAUUUCAUAUGAAUGUAUCUGUUUUAAAGAAAAAAGUUUGUCUUUUAUAUUAUUUAUGCCUUUUGGAUGAGAAAUACUUUUUAUUUUUGUUGUGUUCCACUCGAGUGUGGAGAUUAGCAGCUGUCUGUGUAAAGUUUUGUAAUAAUAUAAAAAGAAAAGAUGUGGGAGAGCCAGCAACAACCUCUCUGAACGUCUUUCCUGACCUCCUUCGUGCGCAGCGCCCGAUGAGCGAUUGCCACAGUGAAUUUCCCAGCCUCGCUCCAAACCCAUCCGUAUUUCUGGC